UCCGCUUUUAAGUUUUUCUUCCUCCAUCUGAAGAGUUCCUGCCGGGUACUUGAAUCAACUUUCAUCAAGAGAAACAGCGUUGUUGGGUUAAUUAUACAUUAAUGUUGAUGGUUUAUCUGACUGUUUAGCUUAAGUAUGGCGGCUGUCUGUCAGAAACUUUCCGACGAAGACUGGCUUGUUUCACGUGCACGAUCGUGUAUGAAAACGGACCCAUUCGCAGCUAAAGCAUGGAUGAUAACAGCAAGAACUUUGUUCCCGCAAAACUUUUCAAUUCAGUUUGAGGCAUAUAACCUGGAGAAAGUUGGUAAAAAUGUCAAGGAAGCAGCCAAGUUAUUGGAGGAAAUGUUUUUGGCCUUUCCUGGAGAAAGUCGUCUGUGGGCGGAAGUUCAAGCAAUUCUGGGAGUGCUCCAGUCGGAAACUUCAGACAAUAGGGACAGCUUUCUGACAGAAAUCUUUGCCGCUAUCUCCACCCAUUCUCAGUGUGAAAUGUUGUUACACGUCGCUGACAAGAUGAGUGAUACACUGGAGCAGUGUCGUCUCCUACUACUGGCCAUGAGAAAGUUUUCGAGUCUGGUGGACGAACAUGGGUUGACUUUGAUAGAGAAGUUACAGAGAGCUGAGAAGAAAGCUGGAUAUGUAUCCGCGGUGAACUGUUACAGAAAACUCUUCAUAUGUGACGUCCUGCCGUUGGUCCUACAGAAGGUGAAGAAGAUAGACGUCCCUCCUAGACAGCUCUAUAAGUGGCUACAACAGGCCAUUGAGUUUUAUGUUAUGUUUAUAACACAGGCACCGUGUCUACCCUCUAACCAGCCUCCAUCUCCAGAUCAGAUAUCCCCUACAAAAAAGGGUAAACGGUUUGUGUUGAUCCCAGGGCUGUAUGACCGUGAGAGCCAGGUCACCGAUCCCUGGGGAGGUCUGCUUCGACUGUUAGUUCUGAUUGGUCAGCAGCUGGACUGGGAGAUAGAUCAAGACCUCUUCACUCAAACAAGAGACCAACAGUGGCAAUACGUCUUUAAUGUCUACAACAGAGCUAAACAGAUCCAGGGUAGUCCGUACACCAAACAGAUCGUGUAUGUGACCACCGUUCUGUUCCUCGAGUGUCUGUACACCUACGUCAGCAGUGUCGACCCUGAUGCAUUUGUCGGUGGAGCCACUGUACACGGACCUCUUGUCCUGAUAGAAGGAUUCGGGAAUGACUUGUUAGACAAUCUGUCUCCGUCCAAAGCAAAAAAGUCCAAGACGAGCGGAUCAGCGACACAGAUAUUAGCGACACCUGGUGUACCGGACUCACAGAAAAUAAUCGAGAGCUUUCUGACAGCGUUCAAAUGUUAUGAACUUCUCCACUCUAAACAGGAAUUACAGAGAGAGUUUGUGGGUCUGUGUGAGGUUUGGAGAAUGGAGACGUGGACGUGGAUGGCCCAUUUCCAGACAGACAUGCUCAUGUACCAGGGAGCGUUCCAGGAUGCCCUCGCCCACCUCCAGUCCUGUACACCUCUGGUCAAGGACACCAUGAAGACUCGGAGUUCUCUCCAGAUGGCAUGUUGUUUCAUGGCCUUAGGCAAAUAUAGUAGAGCAUGUGAAAUCCUGUUAGAGGUCAUAUCGUACCUUCCUGGAGGUCAGAGGUCAGAUAAAAGUACUUUACCGAGUGACUCUACCUCAGGGCGCCAUCUACUGUUAACACUAUGUACCGAGGAGGAGAUAAUUCCGUAUUGUGUUCAGCUCCUAUUGUCUUGUUUAAAGGAAAAAGCAUUAUCUCCUAAUAAAACAGAUGACACAGCCCUGGGUCACAUGGUUGUUUUAUUGCAAUAUGAUUGGCCAAGACAAGAACAGUUAUUCCAGCAAGUAGCAAAGAAGAUCAGAAGCCAAGGAUCAUUUACAUACAACCUCUUCUUCAACUUUAUCAUCAAUAUUGAUAUCUUGGAGGAGUUUGCUUUUCUGAAAACACAAGAGGGAGGUAAAGUGUCUCUAGAUAUCCUUCCUGUGAGCACCAAGUCUAUAGCUCAGCAAAGAACAGUGACAAGAGGUGUAAACAAAAAUGUGAAAGAGGACUUUAAACAUACAAUGGAAAAACAAGUGGCUCGAUCCGAGGAGAGUAUUGAUACCCUAAUCCGCAACUUCUUGUUGGAGGAGAAACAGCAAAUCAUAAAAAGUGUGUGACCUUCAAGAGAGUCAAAGUGGCAACCUGAAGUGACUUGAUAGGAUGUUUGGAUUACCAAAGUGAGGGGUAGUCCGACGUAUGGGUUACCAUUCAGAGUGAGGGGUAGUCCGACGUAUGGGUUACCAUUCAGAGUGAGGGGUAGUCCGACGUAUGGGUUACCAUUCAGAGUGAGGGGUAGUCCGACGUAUGGGUUACCAUUCAGAGUGAGGGGUAGUCCGAUGUAUGGGUUACCAUUCAGAGUGAGGGGUAGUCCGACGUAUGGGUUACCAUUCAGAGUGAGGGGUAGUCCGACGUAUGGGUUACCAUUCAGAGUGAGGGGUAGUCCGACGUAUGGGUUACCAUUCAGAGUGAGGGGUAGUCCGACGUAUGGGUUACCAUUCAGAGUGAGGGGUAGUCCGACGUAUGGGUUACCAUUCAGAGUGAGGGGUAGUCCGACGUAUGGGUUACCAUUCAGAGUGAGGGGUAGUCCGACGUAUGGGUUACCAUUCAGAGUGAGGGGUAGUCUGACGUAUGGGUUACCAUUCAGAGUGAGGGGUAGUCCGACAUUGGGUGGGACAUAUUUAUAAUAAAAUGAUUAAACAAAUGUA